UACACCCUGACAGUGUGGCCUUCGAUCCUGAGGUCCUCUCUGCCUCAUACCCACAGAUGUCCAGUGACAGAUUGACACUGCGGCAAGGCCUAUCCACUGAUGUAGGGCAUUGGCCUGUAACCCCAGCUCUCAGGGUGGAGAAGACAAACAGCGUGGAUUGGGAACACGAUACAUAACAUGGACUGGGAAGCCAGUAGACAAGACGGAAGCUAUGCUGGGCUCUCCCUGCCUGCUGUGGCUCAUGGCCACAACCUUCUUGAUUCCCAGAGCUCAGCCCUUAGCUCAAGACUUUGAGGAAGAGGAGGAGGAAGAUGAGACAGUAAGCACACCUUUGCUGGCUGUUCGCUGUGAUUACGACCGUUGCCGCCACCUGCAGGUGCCCUGCAAGGAGCUGCAGAGGGCCGGCCCUGAGCCCUGUUUAUGCCCAGGACUCUCCAGCCCAGCUCAGCCACCUGAUCCUCCGCGUCUGGGAGAAGUACGCGUCGUGGCCCAGGAGGGCUGCGCUGUGGUACACUGGUGUGCCCCCUUCUCUCCUGUAAACCACUACCGGAUUCUGCUUUGGGAAGGCAGUGGGGCUCCGCAGCAGGGCGCCCUCCUCAACUCUACAGUCCGCAGAGCAGAACUGGAGGGACUGAAGCCCGGGGCCACUUACGUGGUGUGCGUAGUGGCUGCUAAUGAUGUUGGUGAGAGCCAUUUCCCAGAACCCGGUGAUGAGGCCCGCAAGAGCCUGGCUGGCCCUUCCUUCGGGCCCUGCGGCCAGUUUACUGUACCACCCAGACCCAUCACGCUGGUCCAUGCGGCCAUGGGAGUGGGCACAGCCCUGGCCCUGCUGAGCUGUGCUGCCCUGGUCUGGCAUUUCUGCCUGCGGGAGCGCUGGGGAUGCCCACGUCGCGGAGCUGCAGGGGAGCUCUGAUGAGAAACAAACCCCGUGCAGUAAACUGCAUUUUGGAGAGCCUAGCCCGCUCCCAGGAGGAGUACAGGCCUGCUCCCACGUAGCACCAGCCAAAGAGCCAUGCCAGAGCAAGGCCCAGGCAACUGGACCUGAGUGAGGGCUGAGAGCUUGUUAGUCACAGAUGGGUCACUAUUUUUCAUGCUGAGUACUAGGAUGGAGUGGGAAUUUCUCCUUAAAGGGUCAGAGAGGAAUGAUUUAGGUUUUGCAGGGUACAGAUGAUAAAAUUGUGGGUUGGGGAGAUGGCUCCGGGGUUAAAGGCACUAACUUGUAAAGUCUUCAUGCUUGGGUUAAAUUUCCAAUACCUAUGUGAAUACACAAGUCAUGAAUUCCAGACCAGCCUGAGACUACAGAGUGAAUUCCAGGUUAGUCUGGGCUACAGUGAGACCCUAACCUCAAAAAAAAGAAAAAGUUCCCUUAAUGCCUGCAAGUUUUAUAUUCCCCUUCUAUAGCCUGGCCAGCAUUCUUGGGGAAGACUGACAAACAUUUCACUUACAUACCCCCAUGUAAGAGAAUCAAACUGUCUACAAGUUCCAAGAGAUACCUUCAUUGGUCUCAGAGGUCACCACUGCCCUCAUUGAAUAUAUUAUUCUUUGCUUUGGGGUCCUCUGGUCCUUACAGUCUGAUAAUGUCUUAGCUUUAAUUUCAGUAUCACUCCAAGAGUGCUCUCAAAAUUAAGUACGAUCAAGAGAGAAUUUGGGAGGUGUGUCUAGAAGUCAUAGAUUGUUAUUAGAAAAAUCUCAUAAAUGGAGAGAUGGCUUAGAAGUUAAGGCACUUGCCUGCAAAAGCUAACCACCCCCAAGUUCAU